AUGAGGCAGCUUCUUAAAAUGGAUAUUUGCAUUUAUGCAUUAAAUUUGGUGUUAUUGUUUGCGUUUGCGUUUAUAAUACACGUUGUCUUUUGUCAACACGAACUCGUUAUUACACCUGAUGUUAGUAUUUACGACGAGAAGCCUUCAAAUGAUACCGGAAGAAUAAAAACUUUUCCCAACAAAACUGUGGUAGUUGAAGCUCUGAUGGGUGAAAGCGUGAUUUUUAUUUGCAACAUUUUUAAUAUGAUUCCGAAUGCUCGGGUAAUUUGGCGUCGGGUGAGUUUUGACGGCAUGGUCACAGAGACUAUUAACGACGGUCUAAUGUCUCGUGAUAUGUCAAGGUGGAAGAUUGGUCAGGGAAAACAAACUAACUCUAUUCGACUAGAAAUUCUUGUCGUAGAUGAGUCCUACGCUGGACAUUAUACUUGCGACUGUCAAUACACCGGCUCUGUUGAACCUGCUAGGGCUGAACGCAUUUUGCGCGUUGUGUCUCAAGCAAAGGUGCUACCAUUUUACUCCUCCUAUACGACCACUGUUACUGAGGGAGACCGAAUGACGUUACGUUGUCAAGGAGCUGGGAUUCCUCAGCCUGUUGUUUAUUGGAGUCGCACGGGUGGUUCAAGUAGUCUUAUACGCAACUACGGAAUCAGUAAACCGGGAGAAAUAAUUGAUUUCCUAUCCGUACUACCUGAGGAUGCAGGGGAGUACAUGUGCAUGGUUGAAAAUCGGUUGGGCGUCGACUACUGGCCAGUUAGGGUCGCAGUUCGAUAUAAGCCCAAGAUCCGGAUAUAUGUGACGGCUCCGAUCACUCAAUCGCCAUGUAAUGUCCACCUCUACUGCGAGGUAUUGGCCAACCCACCCUCGGAGGCUACAGAAAUUAUUUGGAGUGUUGGGUCAACUCCAACACCAAUUGUAUCAACUGAUCGAAGCCGACUGGUCUAUUUGAAUGGAGGAAAUACUCGAUUUUUAGUGGUGGCAUUCAAUCCAAUCACUGCUGCUGAUUUGAAUCAGAAAUACACCUGCCUCGCCUACAACACACUUGGCACCGUCAGUCUAGAGUACGUCUUGAACGCAUCAGCCUGGAUAACUGAGGGGACGUUUGCUGAUCUGAGGUGCGUUGGAAGCGGCCUGCGAAACGACCUGCUGAUUAUGAAUACAAUUUUUUCUCUCAUCGUUAAACAGAUACUGGAUGUGUGUAAUUAA